CAGCAUUCCCCCCCUCUGCCGCCGCCGCUGAGUCAGGCCGCGCUGCGAUUGGCCGGGGGCGGGCCAAUGGGGGCGAAGGGCGAGCUUCGGUAGCUCUGGGCGUCGCUGUCCCGGUCUCUCGCGGGCUUCCGGCCCCGCCCCUCUCAAGAUGGCGACCGUCGCAGAGCUGAAAGCGGCCCUGAAGGAGGCGCUGGCGCGGCGCGGCGCGCUGGGGCAGGUUCGGGCCCGCGUUCGGGCCGAGGUCUUCGCCGCGCUGGACGAUCCGGGAGAGCCGCGCCCCGCCGCCCCCCGCGAGACCCUCCUGCUGAACGAGCUCAUCCGCGAGUACCUGCAGUUCCACCGGCACAACGCAAGCGCCUCCGUCUUCCUAGCCGGCCACUUUUGUAUGGAAUUCUCACUCAGCUGUUACAAGGCAAUGAAGAGAAGCCCCUCACACACAUGUUCCCCAGAGCCCCCUCAUUGGCACCUUCAAAGUGGACUACCAGCAAGCCAUCUAAUUAAAGCAACCAAAUGGGUACAGCACCCACAAACUGACAGACAUGUGAAAAUAAUAAUAAUAAUUAAUAAUAAUAAAAACCAUCUGUGCUGCCUGACUCCCAGUGACUUUGGGCAGCUCACAAGUUACAGAACAAUCAGUCAACAAUGGGUCCUCCUCACCAAGACCUGGGUGAAGAGCCAAGUCUUCAAGGCUCUUUUAAACAACGCUUGUCUUUCUUUGAGUCACAUAUUGCAGUCUGUGCUUGGAUACUAAUGUGUUAAUGGCUUUAUCUUAAAUUUCAGAAACUGUUGCAGACUCAGAACAUGGUGUGCGGAUUUUGAAGAUACAUGGGGUUCACAAGGCAUUCAUAAAUAAAGUAACCACAUUUUUUUAUGAAUA